AUGAGUGUGAAGAUUACUCCGUGUUUGGAACCCAGCAACCAGAACAUAACUGAAUAUUUUGGAUAUUUUUGUGAUCCUAUAAAUGUCACAUUCAACUUUGCCUUUGGAUGUGAUAAUUCAACCGGAACUUAUAAAGUGGUGGCGUACAGGUCCCGUUACAUUUACGAUCAAUUGGCAGCAGAGGUGAGAGUUAUCAACAUGGGUGAUGAUGUUUGGAGAAACAUCGAAAGUUUUCCUGUUAUUCCUUUUUGUUACGACUCUGUCUACUAUGGUGCCUACAAAUAUGUGUAUUUGAGUGGCGCUCUUAAUUGGUUGGCUAUUCACAACUUUAUUUGUUAUGAUUGUAAUGAUAUUACUGUUGACCAGUUUGUGAUUGUUUCUCUUGAUUUGGAGACGGAGACAUACAAUCAAUACAUUAUGCCUCAUGGUUUUGAUGAAGUUCCGCCGAAAGAGCCAACUAUUGGUGUAUUGAGGGGCUGUCUUUGUUUUUCAUAUUCGUACAAGGAAACCGAUUUUGUUAUAUGGGAGAUGAAGGAAUUUGGGGUUGAAGAUUCUUGGACUCAACUCCUUAAAGUUAGUUACCAUAAUCUUCUAAUAGAUUAUGACUUUAGUGACCCUAGGAUAAAAUUUGUUUUCCAAUUGAUGCCAUUAUUUCUUUCUGAAGAUGGUGAUACCCUAAUACUUGAGAGCAAUCAAGAAUCACAAACAAUAAUUCUCUAUAAUAGAAGAGAUAAUAGAGCAGAGCGAGCAAGAAUUACUGCAAGUAAAGCUACUACCGAUAAUACAACUAGCGAUCAUGUAGAUUUAUACUAUGCCAAUGAUUAUGUUGAAAGCUUAGUUCCAAGUUUUUGA